AUGCUACCCAAUAUUCUCGUCAGUACGUAUUUAGAAUACAAAAAAGACACUGACUCCAUUGCCUCGUGGCUAGCGUCGACUGCAAGGGCAGCAGGCUUCAAUACAAGCAACCUGUCAGCUCCGCCCAGCCUGGCCGGUACAAACGGAGGCCGUCUCAAGGGAAAGGCGCGUAAGCAGGCCAAGAAAGCCUCCAGCAAACCCGUCGCGACGUCUACCAAAUAUGUGAUUCGCAUCCGUGACUUUACGGUGCUUGCCGAGUACAUUCUCGAAAAGGCCAUUGCUGUCCCUUUGUCGUUUCAAUCGACCCUUGAUCGUGCCAUUGCAGCGCGCGCUGGCUUCGGAGCCCAGCUCGACGGUGAAGGCUUCAGUGUCGACCCAAAGGUCGAUGCAAAGCAUGAAAACUUUGUCGACGUGCUGAAGCACGUCAGAGAUAUUCUCACGUCGCUUAUGCCUUUCCCGGAUAAGGACAAGUCUUCUAAUCGAGGCGAUACUGUUCAGAACCGAUUUGCUGGUCUCACUGUUGACGAACCGUCAGAAGCCUUCUUGUCUGCUCCAAAUAUCCAGAGACCAACGAAACCCGCGGCCGACCCGGUCGACUAUGCUGCAGAACCUCCCACGUCCUUUGAGGAUGCCAUCUUCGCAUUGCGAGUACUUAUGAACGACAUGAACAAAGCCAGGGCAAGUAUCAGAUCAGUCUGGGAAUUCUUCAAAGUUGGAGGCUUCGAUGUCGUCCCUGCGGCUGUCACUACCAAUACUGUUGUUGAACUUGUCCGCAAUAUGAUUGAGGAUGUUCUGCCACUAAUUGAGAUGCACGGCGGCCUCAAAUACUGCAUACAAAGAUGCUACAUGGUAAAUUGUCUACUCAACGGAUUUUCGGUCUCGGAAGUGACUACUGGAAACGUCAAAGACAACUUCAACUAUGACACCUACGACGAGGCCAACGAAACAUAUCUCAUGUCUUUUCGCCUGUUGGAAGGCUUCCAAGGUGUCCUCGAACCGGGAAAAAUCCCUCUAUAUAAUAAUGGCUUUUUAGCAACGUUUGAUGCAAAUAGCGAUCGUACCAAAAAGUCAGGCGCGGACAAGUUUCAUGAUGAUCGCGCCCUUUUGACGCCUGUCCUCACAGAUUUGAUCACCAUUGUUCUCAAAGUGCCAACAUGGCCAGUUCACGACGAACUUUUGCGUGGCAUGAAGGAAUUGGUGCAGAACGGCCGGAUUCCAUUUUAUAUGGUAUUUGCGGCUCAAGUCUUUCUCGACGUGACCUACACACUUGGUCCCGACAUUGAAAGAGGAUGGAGAAUUUUUAAGGGACAUACCAAUUUCAUCGUCAACGAUCUGGAAGCGUACUUCGAAUUUCAUGAGAAAGCCAAGCUCCAAACCUGGGCGCCCUCCAAUGACCAAAACAUCAAGCUUCUACGCGAGGGUAUACUAUGGCUUGGCAAAGACCCCGUUCACCAAAUUCUGGAAGAGCCUCUCAAACGUCAAGGUGUCCAGGCCAGCAAAGAAGAUCUUCAUCGCAUUUUUCGCAUGUCUCCGGUGCUUUGUGGACUGGUACUUUACCAAGCUCGAUUUAAUUAUCGACAGGCCGGUAUGGCGGUAGCGGAUGCAUGGGGCUCCAUUCAAUAUGCUGGGCAUCUAUACAAUGCGCUGCAAAGCAAUGGCCUGCUGGCGAACCGAUGGAAAGACAUGGACCUUGCAAAGGUGAUUCUCGGAAUGGAGAGCUUUUACGCGGGCGGGGACGAGCCGCGGACACUCGCUGAUCAGUUCAGAAAGUAUUGUCUGCAAAUGGGAGUCUCAGCAGCUGCAUUGAGCAAGAACUGGCGAAAAGGGCGUGCAUUGGCGUCCAAGGCAGGGCCCCGUGGCCUCAAAGUUAACGCGCCGGUUGCUACCAUGUUCAAAGAGAGAUACGGUCACGACCGCGAUAUUGUGCUCACGAGCGAGCAAGUCAACCGCAUCAUUGAGCUCAGCGCGUUUGAGCUGGAAACGGAUGAGGAGACGGGCCGUACCGUCCUGGGCCAAAUUGGAGAUGAGACGAAGUUGAAGGAAAAGCAGAAAUUGCGACACGAGAUUGAAAACGGCUUGAAACCCUCGUCGCGCCAGCCGACGAAAGAAACCCGCAUCUCGCUUGGUCAGGUGACGGAGAUGUUGGCCAACACAUUACAGGCGGAAACGAUUGAGUUCACGUUCCCGUACAUGACGAUGCACCGUUGGUGCUGGCGGCUGUUCCGCGCUGUGCGCGAUCAAUGCGACUCGCAGCUCAGGCAAAUCAUUGGUCCAGACUAUCUUGAGAAUGAAAGCCAGCUUACCACCCUGACAGGCUACAUCUUCAUGCUAGCAUGUGGAGCCGAAGGCCAUGUACCGAACAUGGGUCCGAUGAAGGCAGCUGCCGAAGCUUUGAACGGGAUGCUGAGUGCGGGAACAGGAGGAUAUAUCGUUGAGGAUAUAUUGAAAGGUGCCCUGGGUAUGCCAGUCGUGUUUGUUGAAGAGCGUGACGAAGGGGAUGAAAAUGCGGUGUAG